UAUAGCCAUUCAUUGGGAUUGAUUGUACCAGUCGUAUUUUGUUUGAUACCUGCUAUUUCGUAAAAUAUUUCUUUUAAAAUGAGUUCAAAGUUUCAGAUAAGCUUUAGCAAGUUGGAAAUUGGUUCUGAUAUUUCGAUUGGAAAAACAUCCAAAGUGCAAAGAGCAAUAUUGAACACAGAAGAUGGUUCUACCAAAGAAGUUGCAAUAAAAACAUUCAUCGACUUCAGAAAGGAAUUGUUCGAAAUUCUCGCUGAAAUUGACCACAGAAAUAUAAUUAAAUUAAUUGGUGCAGUGACGGAAAAUGAUAAGAAGAUACUUGUUAUGGAGUAUGCUAAUUUGGGAAACCUCUACGACUAUCUGAGGAAGCAAAAUCAGCGUCUAAAUGUCCACCAUUCGAUGGAAUGGGCAAAACAAUGUUCAAGCGGUGUCGCUUAUAUCCACAGCCAAGGAAUCAUCCAUCGUGAUAUCAAGUCACCUAAUUUUCUAUUGAAUGCUGACUCCUCAGAGAAGUUCGUUGGUGUUCUUAAGCUGUGUGAUUUUGGAAUCGCGCAUCGAGUAAAGGAUUCGAAAACUUCAACCAGGACCAUCCUAGGUGGGUUAAGUCUGAAGUGGGCAGCGCCCGAAGUAAUUCGUGACGACGACUCCUGUUCAAUUUAUUCUGAUGUCUACAGUUUAGCUGUUGUGAUCUGGGAACUGUUUACUGGAAAGAUACCUUAUGAUAAGCACGACAAAUUUGACACUCAAGCUGCAAUAUGCAGAGGCACUACUCUAAACACCAAGAGUAUCAAUUGCCAAGAUGUCCCUCAGCUAUUAGAUCGUUGCUGGAGUAAAGAAAAGAGCGACCGUCCAGAAGCCAGAGAAGUUGUUGAACAGCUAAGUAAAAUAAGCGAUGACGGUAAGAUAUCAAUAUAAUAAGCCUAAAUAAGAAUCAA